AUGAAAAGCAAUCUAUUGGUGGACGGCCGAUCGCCCAACUGGCAAAAACCACCUCGCGCGCCAGCAUCUAUGUUAAGAAUGAUCGAGAAGAAUUUUCUGCUUUGCUGUAUCGUCGCCGUUCUAACGACCUACCUGCUUGUUGGCCAUAACUGGCAAUAUUCAUCACCAGAGAAGGGAACCCAUCAAGGGCAUUUUACGCUACCGCCAGAAGACCUUGAGUAUGGGCUGGAACAGUGUGCUUCAAACCAAGUAAGACCCAUCGUGAAUUGGGAUUCAGCGGCGACCCGUCUUGCCAAGGCUCGAUCUGGGCCGCGGACUAUCCUAAGAAAUGCGACACUCAUUGACGGAGAUGGACAAGUUACUCCUGGCUGUACUAUCGAGAUGCAGGAUGGGAUCAUCGUCAGUGUGAGUACAGUGGCCUCAUUAUCAGAGAGUGCCACUCACUCAGCCGAUACCACGGACAUUGACUUGCACGGCCGAGUCGUUACUCCAGGCCUGGUUGACAUGCAUUCCCACAUUGGAAUCCGCGAGACCCCUCAGCUUUGGGCAACAGAGGAUGUGACUGAAAGUUCCUCGCCUGCUACGCCCUGGGGUCGAGCUGUUGACGCCAUCAAGGCUAGUGACCAGGCAUUUCCGGUGGUUGCCAGUGGAGGGGUCACCACAUCCUUGGUUUUGACAGGUGCGAAAAACUCUAUAUCUGGAGAAGGUGCGGUUCUCAAGAUGAAGAGAGGAGAAUCAGUGAGCGACCUCCUUGUUAAUCUGACCGAGUUCGGUGGAAAGCCUCAGCGCUAUCUGAAAAUGGCCAUGGGCGAGAACCAGAAGAGACAGUUCCAGAAUGUCCCUGGCGGGCCAGUGUCGAGGCUCGGUGAAUCAUACGUCUAUCGUAAGGCGUAUGACAGCGCGAGGAGAGUUAAACAAAGCCAGGAUAUGUGGUGCGAGAUGGCAACGACACAGGCCGGCCGAGCAAGACUUGCGACAGAAUACCCACGUUCGCUGGAGUGGCAGACUCUAGUCGAUGUCCUUCGUGGUGACGUACGCGUCAACAUCCAUGGAUAUGAGACUGAAGAUAUCCUGGCAAUGUUUGAUCAUUCCGAUGAGUUUGGGUUCAAUAUCACAGCCUUGCAUCACGGUUUGCACGCGGAUUCCGUUGCCGAUGAGGUAAAAAGAAGAAACGUUGCGGUAGUUGGGUUCACCGACUCGUGGGGUGACAAAUGGGAAAAUUAUAAUGUCAGCCUCUACUUUCCAAAGAGGAUAGCAGAUCAUGGAAUUCCUCUUGCUUUCACGCGUGAUCAUCCGGCAUUACAUGGUCAGUUCCUCAUAUACGAGGCCCAAAUCGCUCACCACUUUGGCGUUGACGCCGAACUGGCGCUUUCGUCAGUGAUGUCAGUCCCAGCUCAUCUGAUUGGUUUAGAUAACAAAAUAGGAUUCGUACGCCCAGGCUACGACGCAGACCUGGUAGUUUGGGACAGACAUCCGCUCAGGGUUGGCGCCAGCCCUCUUCAAGUCUUCAUCGAGGGUCAAAGCGUAGUUAGAGCCGCUUCUGGCGUGUGGCACCGAUCACGACAACAUCUCAAAGAUGCUCCUCCGUCGAGGCCUGAAACCGAAACGGACAAGACGAUUAAUAAUCUCGUGGGCCAAGAAAAUGUGGUAAUCACUGGCCUUACUAACAGUUUCAUCGGUGUCGAUAAUACACGAAGUCAAGAGCUCCAAGGGUCUAAUAUGACUGCUAUCAUACAAAAGGGGCGAGUAACCUGCGUAGGAGGCGAAGAGUGCGACAACAUGGCAAAGCAGGCAGCAGCAGACGGCGUGGCUGUAAUACACGUAGAUAAUGCUUUCAUGCUUCCGGGCCUUACCGUAGCCACGCGACAGCACGGCCUGGCUGAGAUGGCCUUGGAACCCUCAACCACAGAUGGUUCCUCGUCUGGGGACAAUUUUCACAAUCCCCCGGAAACUAGGUUUGGGCUCACCCUGGGCGGGAUCCAUCUGCAGAGUGCCUACCAUGCGGGUGUCACUCGUAUAGUUACUCCCCCUCUCACCACUGGCUUCUUCCACGGUAUCAGCGCGAGAUUCAGGGCGGGGGCAACAAGUGUGCUCGAUGAUGGCGCAGUCUCUGACCCCAAUGUUGCCCUCCAUUUCACCAUCGGACAUGAAGCAAAAGGUCUCUCGACCCCGUCAGUCUCAAUACAGAUCCAGACACUGCGAGACCUUUUAAUCUCCAGUGAACCCUCUCACCCAGCUUUCCAGCGAGCCGCUAAAGGCAGCAUCCCCAUCGUCGCUCACACAAACAACAAAGACGUUAUUGCACAUAUCAUUGCCUUGAAGCGCGAGAUAGAUGCUCACAUAGUCAUAAUGGGUGGGGCCGAGGCCCAUCUCCUUGCCACCGAGCUCUCAGAAGUUGAUAUCCCAGUCAUUGUUGCUCCGUUCUGGGGUUGUGAGCCGCUCUUUUGGGACUCUCGCCACUGCCUUCCUGGACCUCCCUUGACUGAAUACUUAGGACCCCAAGUGCUAAUCGACGCUGGUGUGACGGUCGGUAUUGGCAGUUGGGAUAACAUGAAUAAUCACAUCCAAAGCAGUAUAUGGGAGGCAUCGUGGCUGGCAGGGCCCACUAACCACAGUUUAGCGCUUGAUCUCGUGACUACAAACAUUGAGAAGUCCCUGAAGCUCUCGGAGGCUAGGGAUGUUGUGGUCUAUGAGGGGAACCCUUUUGAGUUUGGAGCUCGUGUUGCGCUGAGUCUCGAGGAGGGAAUUGUUCGCAGUUUUUUUCCGAAUGCCGAUGCAACAGAGUAA